AUGAGGGUUCUCGCGUGGCUACAUCUAGUGCAGUUAGUACUAGCGUCGCUGCUGGCCGCAGAUCUUCUCAAUGAGGCCAAGAUUGCCCUCGAAAAGCUUCCCUCUAAGUAUCUGGUUGCCACCCCGGUGUAUUCUCUGGAUAACAUCUAUGGAGGCAUGUACAUUCCCCAGUACAAUGCAGAAACUCAUCAGUACGAGGGUUACCAGCAGAUUGAGCCGCCAGCAGAGUUAAUCAAUGAAAUCCUACCCAAUCUCGAUGCGGCGUCUCAAGCGGGCUUGCAAGAAGCAUCAGUAAUGUUGGGAGACAUUUACAUGUUUGGAAACUACUCUGUGGAAGCAAAUUAUACGAAGGCACUCGAAUACUACACAGCAUCGGUUGCGGAGCUGGCAAAUGGCCAUGCAUAUUUCAUGAUGGGUUUUUUGUACUCCACAGGAAUGUUCGGAGAAAUCCCCAUAGACAAGGAGAAGGCGAACGUAUACUACGAGUACGCAGCGCAAAAUGACGACCUCAACGCAUUGCUUGUGCUUGCAAACAACCAUCUUCACGGGAUUGGCCGCCCGCAAAAUUGCCAAACAGCUCAAUUUUACUACGCAAGACUUGCUAGGUGGUGCAUCAAGUACCUCCAUGAAACAGGCACAGAACCGUCUUAUGAUUCCAGUUCAUUCAACAUCAAGCUCCCAGACUUCAACGGUGGUAUUUAUGGCAAACACGUCACCGAAUCUGAGAUGUCGGUGGUGAGCAAAAUCGAUAGCGUUGCAUCAUUUCGGAACGACUUCCGGGAAAGAAAUAUUAACACCCACGAUUCAGAAAUUGCCGAGAACUACUUUGAUGCCGUCACCUACUAUUAUGGUGGAUACUUCACAAAACGUGACCCCAAGAAAGCAUUCGAACACGCUCUUUUAUGUGCUUACCGUGGAGAUGAGAAGUUUAGCAACAAGAAUUUGGCAAGCAUUUCCAGAUACGACCGGUACUUUUGGAGUAGAUGCUCCAACCUUCUAGGUCACAUGUAUCUCAAAGGGCAUGGUGUGGAGCGGGACUUGUCCCGUGCUCAUGACUGGAUGGAAAGGACAAGGAAUAUUUACACCACGGAAAGAGAUAUGUUAGAUAUGGCACUCCUUCAUCAGUAUGAUCCAACUACCGACAAAACACUCAGUCCGCAAUGCCAGAGCUGGCUCAAUAGUGCCGCGUACAACGGAAGUACUCAGGGUGCUUACCUAUAUGCCCGGUACCUAAUAGGAAGCACCACUAAUCCGUUUGAUACUACCUACGAGUCACAUUCAUACGAGUUGCUUAGAUCCUGUGUACGUAGAGAUCACUACGAAUCUAUGUUUUACCUCGCCGAUGCGGUGGAAUGUGGUUAUGUGGCAUCCGUCGGGGAGUCCUUUACGUGCACUGAUUUGGUGUCCUACUACAAAAGGUUUGUGGAGAAAUCCGAAAGUUUCCUCCUACCUCACUUGAAGUAUGCAUUUGAUGAGCUAUUAUACGGAAAUUAUAAGGGCGCCUUACUUGGUUACCUGAUAGCAGCGGAGCAGGGAUUGGCAAAUGCGCAGAUAUCUGCAUCGUUCUUACUUUAUCAAUUGGAGCCCAUCUUUACUUGGACACCACGUACUUUCGAACCUUCUCGUGUGAAGAGCGCUAUGAACUAUCUAGAGUUGGCAUCCUUACAGGGUAAUGUGGAUGCUUCCAUUGUUCUUGGAGAUUUAUACUCUGGUUCCCAGCCCUCGGCCAACAUCACCAAGGACAACGCAAAGGCUUUUGCGUACUAUAAUAAAGCAGCACUGUCGUUUUCACCUCACGGCUGUUACAAAUUGGGUUAUAUGUAUGAGUAUGGAAUGGGAUCUGCCAACAAUACCGUUGACUAUUACAUGGCAAAAAGAUAUUACGAUCUCAGCAUAAAGUACAGACAGGAUUAUAAUUCUCUAGAUGAUUCCAUGAAACUGUCUGGACAAACAGCUAACACAUAUCCUGUUAGUAUUGCUCUUUUGCGACUUCGUUUAAAGGUGUUAUGGAGCAGAGAUAAAAAGCAACAACAGUUAGAGUCCUCCGGUUGGUUUGGUACGUUCAAAAGUCUCGGACGAGAACAAGAAAUUGAGGAUGAGGAUGAGCGUAUAAUUUCUAGAGCACAGCAGCACCACGAGGGAGGGGAUAUUGAAGAGGAAGAGGAUUACGACAUGUUUGAUUAUGUGGUUUUGAUCUUCACUUUUGCAUUCUUCGCUUAUAUGUUCUUUCAGAACAUACGCCGCCAAAUACGGAGAGGAAGAGGAGGUGGCGGUGUGGAAAAUAACGCUAAUGAAGCAAACAACGGGGAUGAUUUGGGAGUCCGAAUCCAGGGACGGAACUUCGAGUUUUUCUUUUUUGCAAUCUAG